CCUGGCAUUAUGCAACCCGCCUCCUGGCCCCGCGAAGCUUCCACUCGGCUGAGGGCUGCAACGGCGGCGGGCCGGCGGCCGGAGGGCGCUCGCGCGGCCAGGUACUGCCCGUGAUCGAACUUCUCAAUCCUCAAAGGCUUGAAUCUCCCACCUCACUCCCCCAAACCAGGGCGCCCGGCCCCCUGUGUGCCCCCGUGGUGGCCUCUCCGCCGUCCGUGUUUUCCUCCUGCCCUCCCCAUGGCUCAGACAUGAGUGGCCCUCUAGAAGGGGCUGAUGGGGGAGGGGACCCCGGGCCGGGGGAAACCUUUUGCCCGGGAGGAGCCCCAUCCCCUGGGCCUCCGCAGCGCCGGUCUUGCCCUGGCCCCAGCCUGGCUGAUGACACAGAUGCCAACAGCAAUGGGUCCAGCGGCAAUGAAUCUAAUGGGCCCGAGUCCCGCGGCGCAUCUCAGAGGAGCUCACACAGCUCUUCUUCCGGCAAUGGCAAGGACUCAGCCCUGCUGGAGACCACUGAGAGCAGCAAGAGCACGAACUCUCAGAGUCCGUCCCCACCCAGCAGUUCCAUUGCCUACAGCCUCCUGAGUGCCAGCUCCGAACAGGACAACCCGUCUACCAGUGGCUGCAGCAGCGAACAGUCAGCCCGGGCGAGGACCCAGAAGGAGCUCAUGACGGCUCUGCGGGAGCUCAAGCUUCGGCUGCCGCCCGAGCGCCGGGGCAAGGGCCGCUCUGGGACCCUGGCCACGCUCCAGUACGCUCUGGCCUGUGUCAAGCAGGUGCAGGCCAACCAGGAGUACUACCAGCAGUGGAGCCUGGAGGAGGGCGAACCUUGUGCCAUGGACAUGUCCACCUACACCCUGGAGGAGCUGGAGCACAUCACGUCCGAGUAUACGCUGCGCAACCAGGAUACCUUCUCCGUGGCUGUCUCCUUCCUGACAGGCCGCAUCGUCUACAUUUCGGAGCAGGCGGGUGUCCUCCUCCGCUGCAAACGGGAUGUGUUCCGGGGGGCCCGCUUCUCAGAGCUCCUGGCUCCCCAGGAUGUGGGCGUCUUCUAUGGUUCCACUGCCCCGUCUCGCCUGCCCACCUGGGGCGCUGGGACCUCAGCAGGUUCAGGCCUCAAGGACUUCACCCAGGAGAAGUCUGUCUUCUGCCGUAUCAGAGGAGGUCCUGACCGGGAUUCAGGGCCUCGGUACCAGCCAUUCCGCCUCACGCCAUACGUGACCAAGAUCCGGGUCUCGGAUGGGGCCCCGGCACAGCCAUGCUGCCUGCUCAUCGCAGAGCGCAUCCACUCGGGUUACGAAGCUCCCCGGAUCCCCCCCGACAAGAGGAUCUUCACCACUCGGCACACACCCAGCUGCCUCUUCCAGGAUGUGGACGAAAGGGCCGCCCCGCUGCUGGGCUACCUCCCCCAGGACCUCCUGGGGGCCCCAGUGCUCCUGUUCCUGCAUCCUGAGGACCGACCCCUCAUGCUGGCCAUCCACAAGAAGAUCCUGCAGCUGGCGGGCCAGCCCUUUGACCACUCCCCUAUCCGCUUCUGUGCCCGGAAUGGCGAGUAUGUCACCAUGGACACCAGCUGGGCCGGCUUCGUGCAUCCUUGGAGCCGCAAGGUGGCCUUUGUCUUGGGCCGCCACAAAGUCCGCACGGCACCCCUGAACGAGGAUGUGUUCACCCCACCGGCCCCCAGCCCAGCUCUGUCUCUGGACUCGGACAUCCAGGAACUCUCGGAGCAGAUCCACCGGCUGCUGUUACAGCCCGUGCACAGCCCCAGUCCCACGGGGCUCUGUGGAGUGGGCGCCGUCGCUUCCCCGGGCCCUCUCCUCAGCCCUGGCUCCUCCAGUGACAGCAACGGGGGUGAUGCCGAGGGGCCUGGGCCUCCUGCGCCGGUGACGUUCCAGCAGAUCUGUAAGGACGUGCAUCUGGUGAAGCAUCAGGGGCAGCAGGUUUUCAUUGAGUCCCGCGCCCGGCCUCCACCCCGGCCCCGCCUCCCUGGUCAGUGGGUGAGGGUGCGGGUGAGGAAUGAGACCUGGGGGCCCCAUGACUUUCGCCCCAACCCAGAGGAGUUCGUCUCUUCCUUUUCUCUCCUUGGCCCAGCUACAGGCACAUUCAAGGCCAAGACCCUUUCCUGCCAGUCCCCAGACCCAGAACUGGAAGUGGUCCCUGCUCCCGUCCAGGCCCCACUCACCCUGACCCCGGAUGAGGCUGAGAGGAAAGAAGCCUCCAGUUGUUCCUACCAGCAGAUCAACUGCCUGGACAGCAUCCUCAGGUACCUGGAGAGCUGCAACAUCCCCAGCACGACCAAGCGGAAGUGUGCCUCUUCCUCCUGCACCACAUCCUCGGCCUCGGACGAGGACAAGCAGAGGACGGGUCCGGUCCCUUUGGGGGCCAAGAAAGAUCCAUCGGUGGUGCUGCGUGGGGAGGGGGCCGGCCCUCAGAAGGAGCCAGUGGUGGCAGGCACCCUGAGCCCGCUCGCCCUGGCCAAUAAGGCAGAGAGCGUGGUGUCCGUCACCAGCCAGUGUAGCUUCAGCUCUACCAUCGUCCAUGUGGGAGACAAGAAGCCCCCGGAGUCGGACAUCAUCAUGAUGGAGGACCUGCCUGGCCUGGCUCCAGGCCCAGCCGCCAGCCCAGCCCCCAGCCCCACGGUAGCCCCCGACCCUGCCCCAGACGCCUACCGCCCGGUGGGCCUGACCAAGGCCGUGCUGUCCCUGCACACACAGAAGGAGGAGCAGGCCUUCCUCAGCCGCUUCCGAGACCUCAGCCGACUGCGGGCGCUCGACGGCUCCUCCCCGGCCCCCCUGGCCCCUGGCGAGCGAGGCUGCCACCACGGCCCCGCACCCCCCAGUCGCCGACACCACUGCCGAUCCAAAGCCAAGCGCUCCCGCCACCACCAGACCCCCCGGGCCGAAGCCCCCUGCUAUGGCUCCCACCCAUCGCCUGUGUCACCCUCGGCCCCCUGGCCCCCCCCACCAGCCACUAGUCCCUUCCCAGCUGUGGUCCAGUCCUACCCUCUCCCAAUGUUCUCCCCGCGAGGAGGCCCGCAGCCUCUCCCCUCUGCCCCCACAGCUGGGCCCCCUGCAGCUUUCCCUGCCCCGCUGGUGACCCCCAUGGUAGCCUUGGUGCUCCCUAACUAUCUGUUCCCCGCCCCACCCAGCUAUUCCUAUGGGGUAGCCCAGACCCCCGCCGAAGGGCCUCCUACCCCCGCCUCCCACUCCCCUUCUCCGUCCCUGCCCCCGCCGCCCCCCAGCCCUCCCCGCGGGCCGGACUCUUCGCUCUUCAACUCGAGAUGCAGCUCCCCGCUCCAGCUGAAUCUGCUGCAGCUUGAGGAGCCCCCCCGUGUUGAAGGGGGUGCUGUUGCAGGGGGCACUGGGAUCAGUGCUGGGCCCCCGCCUCCCAGUGAGGAGGCCGCUGAGCCAGAGGCCAGAUUGGUGGAGGUGACAGAGUCCUCCAACCAGGACGCGCUGUCGGGCUCCAGUGACCUGCUGGAGUUGCUGCUACAGGAGGACUCUCGGUCCGGCACGGGCUCCGCCGCCUCAGGCUCCCUAGGCUCCGGCCUGGGCUCUGGGUCCGGUUCAGGCUCCCAUGAGGGAGGCAGCACUUCAGCCAGCAUCACACGCAGCAGUCAGAGCAGCCACACGAGCAAGUACUUCGGCAGCAUCGACUCUUCGGAGGCCGAAGCCGGGGCUGCCCAGGCCGGGGCUGAGCCCGGGGACCAGGUCAUUAAGUACGUGCUCCAGGAUCCCAUCUGGCUGCUAAUGGCCAAUGCCGACCAGCGCGUCAUGAUGACCUACCAGGUGCCGUCCAGGGACAUGGCCUCUGUGCUGAAGCAGGACCGGGAGCGGCUCCGGGCCAUGCAGAAGCAGCAGCCUCGGUUCUCAGAGGACCAGCGCAGGGAACUGGGUGCCGUGCAUUCCUGGGUCCGGAAGGGUCAGCUGCCUCGGGCCCUCGAUGUGAUGGCGUGUGUGGAUUGCGGUAGUAGCACCCAAGACCCCGGCCACCCGGAUGACCCCCUCUUCUCGGAACUGGAUGGACUGGGACUGGAGCCUAUGGAGGAGGGCGGAGGCGAGGGUGGGGGCGGGGGUGCUGAAGGUGAGGGCGGAGAAGAGGCCCAGGCUCAAGCUGGGACCAAGGUCUCCAGCUCUCAGGACCUGGCCAUGGAGGAGGAGGAACAAGGUGGGAGCUCACCCAGUCCAGCCUUAGCCGCAACAGAAAAUGGCACCAGCUAGACCACGUUUGGGGGCCCCCUCCGGCAGUGCAUGAGAAGCUUCCUUCUCCCGUGUUCCACCUCUCAGAACUCAGAUGUGGCUGGACCAACCAAUAGGAAACUGCCCCAGCUUCUCCCGCGUAGGGGGCGGGACCCCCAUCAGCAGCCCAGGAUCCAGGGGCUGCCUCCUGCUUCUGAGGGUAGAGACGGGGCGGGGGGAUUCGUCAGCCCAGCCCAGAGAAGCCGCGUCUCCCACCUCUGGUGAGGAGCUCUUCCUUCCCUCGGACAAGGUUGCUGACAAGCUGCUCAAGUGGUCUCUCCAAGUCCCGGCUCAGCCCGAGUCCCGGUCCCUGAGGGUUGGGGCUGCACUUAUUUAUUGGGGGAGACAGCCCCUUCUCCUACCUCCUCCCUAGAGGGGAGGGAGAGGGCCAGCGGUCCAAACCCCUAGCUGCUCCGGGGUGGGGGAGGUUGGUGGACCAUGGAGUCCCUGGUGCUGCCCCUCAGGUGGGACCCAGGUGUUCUCAGCUGUACCCUCUACCGAUGGCAUAUGUGUUUUUGAUAUUGUGUCUGUUGUUAUUUUUUAAUACAAAGAGAAAAAAAAAACAAAAACA